GGUUUCCGGUAGGAAGGAUUGUGUCCGGCCCUGCGGACUGAAGGAGAGUGAAUCGCCAUCUCUGAUCUGCUUCAGUUUGGAGUUACAUUGUAUCUUCUAGCCGGACACAGAUACCGCUUACCCUUUGAUCUCUGAUCUCUCGCUCUGCGGCUGCGGGAUUCAGCCUCCUGAGGGUUCACUCAGGCGUGCUGCAGUUUAUGAGGGAGAGUGUGUGAGAGUGAGAGAGUGUGUGUGUGAGAAAGCUCUCAGCUCAGCUCAGCUCUUUGCCUGGUGACUACUGGAUUCUGGCUUUUGGAUUGAGGGACAGCAGGAGAUCAUUAACUACUACUGCUCUCAGAUAUCCAGGACAAACAAGGGCCCAGAUCCUUCAACCCAAGCUGACAGACGGCUGGAGCAGCAGAACGCAGCGUCCCACCUCUGGGACCACCACGAUCAAUAAGACAUUUCUCAACAGAUGGGUGAGCCUCAAUGCAGAGCCAGAUGAAAUGAAUAAAGCACCACAGUCUCUGACAGGACCCCCCUCCACCUCCCCUCACCCCUCUGUCCCCCUUCCUGCCCCAUCCCCAGGCCUGUCCCAGCCAAAUUUUCCACCCACUCAGCCCCCAUCCGUGGUGUUUGCCACGCCCCCUCCACAGAUGAAUCCCUCAGCCCAACCCCGACAGUUUUCCACAGGUGCUAGAGCUUUACACCAACAGGGAGGAUUCAGGUCACUGCAGCAGUACUAUGCUCCUCGACCCACGUUACCCGCAAACUCUGCCCGCGUCCAGCAGAGUUCUGCCCCCCGACCUAUUCCCCCACCACAUGGGACACACCCCCCUCAUGUGUUCCAGACUAGUUCCCAGAUGAUGAUGAUCCCACAGCAGUCAAUAAGUUUCCCUAACCAACAGGGUGCCGCCGCCUACUACAUACAUGGACAGUCUCUCCCCCAGUACCGCCCCUCGUACGUGGCCCCCCAGCAGUACCAGGUCGCCGGUUCCCCGGGAUUUUACCCUGGAACGAGCCCAGCUGAGUACGCUGGAGCUUACUACUCCGCCCAGCCCCAGUUUACACCCCCGGUGCCUGCUGCACCCGUUAUCAUGAACCCUGCGCCCCAGCAACCACAACCUCCACCUCCACAACAGCAGGCACCCCCCACCAAACGGGAACGCAAACAGAUAAGGAUAAGAGACCCUAAUCGAGGCGGUCGAGACAUCACAGAGGAGAUCAUGUCAGGAGGCCGCAGCGCCACCACACCCACACCCCCACAGGCGGGACUCUCUGGUUUGGAGACUGGAGCUGCCACCCAGUCUAAUGGUGAGAAUGCCACCGCUGCUGCCAUGACCUCCAGAACAGAUGAGAGGGUAAAGCCUGUAGUGUCUUUAGAGUUUCCCAUUCCUCCUGGAGAAAGCCCUAUUCCAGACUCUCCACCCACUCCUCCUCCCACCAGUCCAAUCAGCGACACAGUCGAUGCCCCGCCCCCUGCUCCUGCUGACGAAUCCCACAUUGGUGCUAUGGAGAAGGCCACUCUCGCCAUGCUACCUAAAGACGUAAACCUGUCCUCGAACGGUUCAGCCUAUAAAGGGGCAGAGCCUGGUAAGGUGCACCUUGCUGUCCCCACCUCACAGGUGGAGCCGGCAGUCGAGUCUCCAAUCGCGCAGCCGGAGGAGCUGCAGCUGUAUAACGGUGUAUCGGUGCCGCAGGCGCAGCAGUGUGCCCCCUUAGAGCGAGCUGCCGAAAGAGACGUCAGCCCAUUAGCUGAGCCCGACGUCACCAAGGAAGCUCCACUUGUUUCAGACAAAAGCUCCUCUAGGACUAUCAAAGCCACUCCGCCAGGUGUUGUUAAGGAUACUCUAACUUCGGUAGUUAAGGAGACACCAACUCCAGGUAAGGAGAGUGUCCCUGUGGUUGCAAAGGAGAGCACAAAUCCAGUAGUCAAGGCGGUCGCCUCCACUGUUGUCAAGGAAGCACCUGCACUUGUUGUCAAAGAGACCCCUACCCAUGUUUUUAAGGAAGAUCCUGCCCCUGUUGUCAAGACAGCCCCUGCCCCUGUUGCCAAGGUGGAACUUGCUACGGUUGCCAAGGAGACCUCUGCCCCUCCUGCCAAGGAGGAGCCCGCCUCUGUUGCCAGGGAGGCCCCCAUCCCGGACGUCAAGGAAGCCCCCGUCCCCGUUGUCAAGGAGGCCUCUGUCCCCGUUGUUAAGGUCGCCUCUGUCCCCGUUGUCAAGGAGAUGCCUCCUCCGCCUGUGGUUGCCAAGGAACCCCCUGCACCAGUUGUCAAAGAGACCUCUAUUGCCAUGGAGACUCCUGUUGUAAAGGAGACGCCUCUACCGGUUGCUACGCAAACCACCGAACCUCUCCUCAAAGAUCCCCCUGUUCUCAAAGAGCCUUCUCCUGCUGCUAAGGAGACUCCAAAAUCAGUUGUCAAGGAAACCUCUGCCCCCGUGGAAACUGUGUCUGAUGCUGCUAAAGCCACUUCCCUGUCUUCGGAGGAGCGAGAGGACACCCCUCCACCUCAGACAACCGCCCCAGAGAUCACUAUGCAAGCUAUUUCUGUGCCAAAGAAGAAGAGGAAGAUUAAGGACCUCAAUAAGAAGGAGACCGGUGACCUCCUGGAUGCCUUUAAAGAGCCAACGCCCCCUCAGCCUGAGGCCACACCCCCUGCCAAGCCUGAGCGGGAGGAGCCUACCCCUGUGGCCCCGCCCCCUGUUGAGGAAGUAGACGAAACAUGGGAGGAAAAGGAGGAUAAACUUGAUGCUGAAAACAUCCAACCGCAAGGCUCUGCCCCUGCCACGCCCACCGAACAAAAAUACCAGUAUAAAGAAGAGCAGUGGAAGCCUCUGAACCCGGAGGAGAAGAAGAAAUAUGACCGUGAAUUCCUGCUGGGAUUUCAGUUCAUCAGCGCCAGCAUGAACAAACCAGAGGGGCUGCCGCACAUCAGCGACGUGGUGCUGGAUAAGGCUAAUAAGACCCCUCUGCGGCCGUUGGACCCCAGCAGGCUGCCCGGGAUGAACUGCGGGCCUGACUUCACCCCUUCAUUCGCCAACCUUGGCCGACAGCCUGCAGGAGGGGGCAGAGGACCGCCCCCCGGUAUGGGUGGUCCACGGCGCUCUGCUCAGGGUUCCCGUAAGGAGCCCCGUAAGAUCAUCGCCACAGUUUCUCUGAGUGACGAUGUUCAGCUGAACAAGGCUGAGAAGGCGUGGAAGCCGACGCUGAAGCGAGCGGGCCGUGCAGAAGACGAUGACCCCGAGACCAUACGGACACAGGAGCUUUUCCGCAGAGUCCGCAGCAUCUUAAACAAGCUCACUCCACAGAUGUUUCAGUCGCUGAUGAAACAAGUGACUGAGCUCACCAUCGACACAGAGGAGAGGCUGAAGGGCGUCAUCGACCUCAUCUUCGAGAAGGCCAUCUCUGAACCCAACUUCUCUGUAGCCUAUGCCAACAUGUGCCGCUGCCUUUUGGGGCUGAAAGUGCCUACCACUGAUAAGCCAGGAGUGACUGUGAACUUCAGAAAACUGUUGCUGAAUCGUUGUCAAAAAGAGUUUGAGAAGGACAAGGAUGACGACGAGAUCUUUGAGAAGAAACAGAAGGAGCUGGAUGCUGCCACAGUGGGGGAGGAGAAGCAGAGGCUGAAGGAAGAACUGGAGGAGGCAAAGGACAAGGCCAGACGCCGAUCGCUCGGCAACAUCAAGUUCAUCGGCGAGCUGUUCAAGCUGAAGAUGCUGACUGAGAACAUCAUGCAUGACUGCAUUGUCAAGUUGUUGAAGAACCACGAUGAGGAGAGCUUAGAGUGCCUCUGCAGACUGCUCUCCACCAUCGGCAAGGACCUUGACUUCGAGAAGGCCAAGCCCCGCAUGGAUCAGUAUUUCCACCAGAUGGAGAAGAUCAUUAAGGAGAGGAAGACCUCAUCAAGAAUUCGCUUCAUGCUGCAGGAUGUUAUCGACCUACGACGGUGUAACUGGGUUCCCAGGCGUGGGGAUCAGGGUCCUAAGACUAUUGAGCAGAUCCAUAAAGAGGCUGAGCUGGAGGAACACCGGGAGCAGGCUAAGGUCCAGCAGCAGCUCCUCUCUAAGAAGGAUGGGCGAGGAAGUGGUGGAGGAGGAGGAGGUGGUGGUGGAGGAGGUGGGGGUAUGGGUUCCCGUGGUGGUCCUCACACGCCUGGACCCCGUGACCGCCAGGGCCCUGACGAGGGCUGGAACACGGUCCCCAUCUCCACUAAAAACCGAACCAUCGAUGCCUCCCGCCUCAGCAAGAUCACCAAGCCAGCAGCAAUGGACUUUAAUAAUCAGCUUCUUGCCCCUGGGGGUAAAGGAACAUGGGGAAGCUGGGGUAAAGGAAGUAGUGGUGGGACUGGAGCCAAACCCAUUGAAGCUGCUCAGGACUCUGGUCGAACCAGCACUCUGAAUCGAUUCUCUGCUCUUCAGCAGUCUUCAUCCGUAUCCUCCUCUUCCAACCCUGAUUCAGACAGGAGAGUUCCUCAGAGGAACAGCUCGAGUCGUGAGCGUGGAGACCGGUUUGAGCGGAGGGACGAUCGUGGGCCUGACCGGCUGGACCGGAACCGGCCUGCUGUUACCAAGCGGAGCUUUAGCCGGGAGAAGGAUGAACGCGGAGGCGAGCGGGAGAGAGCGGCCGAGGCCGUGCGCCGCGUGGCCAGCAUGACUGACGAGCGGGACAGGGACCGAGAGAGGGAACGGGAACGAGAGAGGGAGAGACAGAGAGAAAGAGAGAGAGAGCGCAACAGCCGUGACCGAGCCCCCAGCAAGGAGAACGUGAGGAGAGAGCCUGCCCAAACUCCCCCACCUGCCCCAUCUAAACCCGCACUGAGCCCUGAGGAGCUCGAGAAGAAAUCUACAGCCAUCAUAGAGGAGUACCUACACAUCAACGACCUGAAGGAGGCGCUGCAGUGUGUGGUAGAGCUGAACUGCGCUGCUCUGCUGUGCAUCUUUGUACGGACGGGGAUUGAGUCGACGCUGGAGCGCAGCACCAUCGCCCGGGAGCACCUCGGCCUACUAUUUCACCAGCUCAUCAAAGCUGGAACACUAUCUACACAACAAUACUACAAGGGGCUUAUGGAGGUUUUGGAGGUGGCAGAAGACAUGGCCAUUGAUAUCCCUCAUAUCUGGGUGUACCUGGCUGAGCUGAUCACUCCUAUGCUGCAUGAGGGUGGAAUCCCGAUGGGUUCACUCUUUAGGGAAGUGGCGAAGCCUCUGACACCUAUUGAUAAAGCCGGAGAUUUACUGGCUCAAAUCCUCAACCUGCUCUGCAAAGGAAUGAGCGAUAAGAAGGUGGGAACUAUGUGGAGAGAGUCGGGGCUCAGUUGGAAGGACUUCCUACCAGAGGAUCAAGACGUCAACAAAUUUGUGACAGACAAGGGGGUUGAGUAUACUCUGGGCGAGGAGUGUGUGAAGAGUAGUGGCAGCAGCAGAAAAUCUCUGAGUACAGAAGAAAUCUCCAAACAGCUGGACGUGCUGCUGCAGGACAAGGCGGACAAUCAGCAGAUUUAUGACUGGGUGGAGGCUAACCUGGACGAGCAGCAGAUGUCGUCUAACACAUUUGUGAGAGCUUUGAUGACCAGUGUCUGUCAGAAUGCAAUCAUUUGUGAGAACCCAUAUAAAGUAGACGCUAAGGAGAUCUCCCAGAGGGCCAAGCUGCUCCAGCGUUAUAUUAAGGAUGAGCAGAAGGAGCUGCAGGCACUCUAUGCAUUACAGGGCCUGAUGGUACAGAUGGAGCAGCCACCUAAUCUGUUGCGGAUGUUCUUCGAUGUUCUGUACGAUGAGGACGUGAUCAAGGAGGAAGGCUUCUACAAGUGGGAGUCCAGCAAAGAUCCAGCCGAACAGCAGGGCAAGGGCGUCGCCCUUAAAUCUGUCACCGCCUUCUUCACCUGGCUGCGGGAGGCAGAGGACGAAUCGGACAACAGCUAAAUCUCCGGCUCCACCCACUCGAGGGAGGAGGACGAUAUCUGAGAGAAUGAUGUCUGUCUGAAUUGAGGGAGGUUCUGUCUGGAGAUGAAGAUGAGGGGAAAAUAACAAGCGAAACGAGAGAAACUUCUAGUGAAGGAUUCGAUUUAGAUUUUUUUUUUCUUCGGUUUAGUUUUUUUGUUUUGUGCUACCGAAUGUCUUUAUGAUCUGAAUUGCUGAUUUUUGGAAAGUUCGGUUGGAGAGAGGAUGAUAAGCCUUAGAAGCCGUGGGAGACUUUGUUCCGUUUUCGCUGUUCGAUUUGCUACUUCCAGUUUUUUUCGCUCCCGUUGACGUGGAAGAUGUUAGCGUCGCUAAACGGAGGAAAAAAAAAACAAUGACGAAGACUUCCGUUACGACGCCGCUGCGACAGUUAAGGACUCCUGAUUUAAGGAAAAAGCUGCUCAGAGUUCUAUUUUUUGAAUUCCUACAUGCACCGUGUUCGGACGCUCCGCACCCCGUUCUGUGUGGACGGAAUAAAACGGUAUAUCGCUCUUGCAGAGGGGAGCGAGGGCUGUAUACCAUUCUGCGAUUGUUUCUCUGCGUUUGAUUGGUUGAUGAACUUUUUGUUUGUUUUGUUUCCUCCACAAGUGUUAGAGGGUGAAUGAAGUGGAGUGUGUGGGUUUUUUUGUGUUUUUGUUAGUUUUUGUGUUUUUUGCAACAACAACAAAAAAAAACUGACCCAAAACCUUGAUUGGACAGUUGAAACUGUGGGGGGGGGUGUGGUCAAACCACUUCUUCUCCGGCUGGCUUCAAGGAAACCUGGGCGGGAAAGGGGUCGACUUUGAUGUUUAUUUGCUGCUGCUGGGGCGGGGCUUCACUCGUUACCCCAUAACCCGUCUGGUUUUACCUUUACUCUUCUUCACUUCGGAAACACAAUAAGAAGAAGAAAAAGAAGAAGAAAAUAAAAUAAAGACUAAAAGAACGGCGGGAAGGAGGAUUGGGGGGUUCGCUGACCUGCCGCCACCUGUUAGUGCAUUUUACAAAUAAGAAUCAAUACUAAAACUUGAACAUAUUUAGAGAGAUCAACUUUAAACAGAAAUGAUGAAAGUAUUAAAAGUAUAAAAGCCAAAAAAAAAAAAAUAAUAAAAUAGAUCAUGAAAUGAAAACAGUACGAAUCCUUAAAGGCCUUUUCAGCUACCUGGGGGUGGAAAUGCAUUUUAGGAGAGUCCUGUAAAUAAAUAUCCUUUUUUGUUUGUUUUUGUUUCUUUUACAUGAAUAAAAAUGCUUACUUUAAUGACAAUUUUUCCUUUUCUUUUAAUUUUUCUUUCCAUUUCUGUCUUUUCUCUCUCUCCGCCAGUCCUAUUUAUAUGCUGUUUGCCUCUCCGUGGUUUAGCUGCCCCGGCUUGUGUAAUUAUCCUCCUCGAGUUUCUUCAUUACAGCCUUUUUGUAAAUAUUUUCUUUUUUUGCUUUACUUUAUUAAGUAUUUAAUUAAGAGAAAUUAAUUGCUCUUUUCACAUCUGAAACUGGAAAAGAUAAUAAAGAACAUUGCAAUAAAAAAUGAAAAAAAGCUACA